AUGCGACAGCUCCUGGUGGCCUCCCUGCGUUCGCGGGGGCCUUGUGGUGUCUCCAGUGGGGGGGCCCAAAGGAGGGCUGCUGCUUCUUUUGUUUCAGGCGUUCGUCGCUUCAGCAGCAGCCAGGCAGGGGCCCCCUUUAGCAGUGUUUUAAAGGCGCUUGAGGGCACCCAGAAGGCAUACUAUGACCUCCCAGCGUUGGGCGGCGAGCGCUACGAGGCGCUGCCAUUUUCAGUGCGCAUUUUGUUGGAGUCCGCUGUACGCAACUGCGACGGCUUUCGGGUGACGGAGGAGGAUGUGGAGCGAAUAUUGGAUUGGCCGAAGACGAGCAAAGAACAGAAAGAAAUUCCUUUUCUACCGGCUCGAGUACUUCUUCAGGAUUUCACGGGAGUGCCAGCUGUGGUGGACUUAGCGGCGAUGCGGGAUGCAAUGCAGCGCCUGGGCGGCGACCCACGGCGUAUAAAUCCUUUGGUGUCUGUUGAUUUGGUGGUCGAUCAUUCAGUUCAAGUGGAUUACAGCCGUUCGGCUGCUGCUUUCCAGCGAAAUUUAGAGAAAGAAAUGCAACGAAAUAAAGAACGCUUCGCCUUUCUCAAGUGGGGAAGCAAGGCGUUCAAUAAUAUGCGUAUCGUUCCCCCAGGAUCCGGCAUCGUGCACCAGGUGAAUCUCGAGUUCUUAGCCUCCGUCGUGAUGAACAGCAGCAGCAACAACAGCAGCAGCAGCAACAUCAGCGGUAGCGGGAUGAAGAUAUUGUAUCCUGACUCAGUGGUGGGUACAGAUUCCCACACGACGAUGGUGAACGGGCUGGGGGUGUUGGGUUGGGGUGUUGGGGGGAUUGAGGCGGAGGCGGUGAUGCUAGGGCAGCAUAUAUCGAUGGUGUUGCCUGAAGUUAUUGGAGUACACCUCACUGGCCAGCUGGGGCCCCUCGUCACGGCGACAGAUCUGGUGUUAACUCUCACAGAGAUGUUGCGGCGUAAAGGAGUUGUAGGCAAAUUCGUGGAGUUCUUUGGCCCAGGACUUGAGCGGCUUUCUCUCGCCGAUCGGGCGACGGUUUCAAACAUGGCGCCGGAAUACGGGGCGACCUGCGGUUUUUUCCCUGUAGAUGAGCAGUCUCUGUUGUAUUUGCGAAUGACGGGUCGUCCUUCAUCGCAAAUCGACUUGGUGGAGCGUUACACCAAGACGAACAAAAUGUUUGUAGCUGCAGGCGCAGCUGAGACAUCAGCAGCAGGAGCUUCUUCACGCGUUGCAUAUUCAGACGUGGUGGAGUUGGACUUGUCUUCUGUUCAGCCUUGUGUGGCGGGGCCGAAGCGCCCGCAAGAUCGCGUGAGUGUAGGGGAGGUGAAGAAGGAUUUCCGUUUAUGUUUGCAGAAGCCGGUAGGCUUUAAGGGUUUUGGUCUUUCAGAUGAGCAACAGCGGCGCGUUGUUCGUUUCAACUUCCAGGGAAAGGAAUAUGAACUGAAGCAUGGAUCUGUCUGCAUAGCAGCCAUAACCUCGUGCACGAACACCAGCAACCCCGGCGUAAUCUUUGCUGCAGCAUUGCUAGCAAAGAACGCAGUGGCUCGCGGUUUGCGUGUUGCUCCUUAUAUCGUCACUUCUCUGUCUCCUGGUUCAAGAGCUGUUUCGCAGUACUUAAUGGAGUCCGGGCUGCAAGAGGCGCUGCAGUCUUUGGGCUUUUACCUCGCUGGCUAUGGCUGCAUGACUUGUAUAGGAAAUACCGGGGAGUUUGAUCCUGAGGUGACUCAAGCUAUUGCCGAAGGCGACCUCGUAGUAGCUUCGGUCCUCUCAGGGAACCGCAACUUCGAGGGGAGAAUACACCCGCUGACGAGAGCUGCUUAUCUCGCUUCUCCUCCUCUCGUUGUAGCCUACGCCCUCGCCGGCCGCAUUGAUAUCGACUUUGAAAAGGAGGAAAUCGGAACGGACUCAAACGGGAACAAAGUCUUCCUUAAGGAUAUAUGGCCCACUAGAGAUGAGAUUCAACCAGUGAUUGAGCAGUACUUGGGCCCCGAGAUGUUCAAGCGAGUGUACAGCACCAUCACUGAAGGGACACCCGAGUGGAAGGCGCUGGAGACUUCCGAUUCUUCUGUGUUGUAUGACUGGCGAGAGGAUUCGACUUACAUUCAUAACCCCCCCUUCUUCAAGACGAUGGAGCGUUCUCUGCCGGUGAUAGAAGACAUUCGUUCUGCCUAUUGUUUGCUGAGUGUUGGCGACUCCAUCACAACUGAUCAUAUAUCCCCUGCAGGGAAUAUUGCAAAAGACUCUCCUGCUGCGAAGUACCUUCAAAGUCGCGGUGUAGAACGCAAAGACUUCAAUACGUACGGAUCUCGCAGGGGCAACGAUGAGGUGAUGGUCCGGGGGACGUUUGCAAAUAUUCGUUUAGUGAAUAAGAUGUGCCCAGGCGCGGGACCUAAGACGAUUCAUUUGCCUUCAAACGAAGUUCUGCCUGUCUCCGACGCUGCUGAGAGAUACCGAGCAGAAGGGCAUCAAAUGAUCGUCCUUGCAGGCAAAGAGUACGGAAGCGGGAGCUCCAGAGACUGGGCGGCCAAGGGGCCUUAUUUGCAAGGCGUGAAGGCUGUGAUCGCAGAGUCCUUCGAGCGCAUCCACCGCAGCAACCUCGUGGGUAUGGGCAUUCUGCCUCUGCAGUUUUUGGAUGGUCAGUCUGCAGAGAGUUUAAAGCUGACAGGGCGAGAGCGGUUUAAUAUAGCUCUGAAUGGAGGACGUCUUGUUCCUGGGUCUUUAAUUCGGGUGUCUACGGACUGCGGGAAGUCCUUCGAGACGAAAUGCCGCAUCGACACGGAUGUUGAAGUCGAGUAUUUCAGAAAUGGAGGCACUCUACACUACGUGCUUCGCAACAUAUUAAACAAAAAGUAA